AUGGAAAGGGGUCGCGGAAAGGGAGAAGGGGGUCAGAAAGUGUCGCGGUUCGGGGGGAAGGUGAGGACCGAGCAGGCGCUGACCGACAAGGUAGCGCCCGCGUGGAACGAGGAAAAGGUGCAGGGCGGGGAGAAGGCGCGGAGCGAGGGGAAGGCCAGUGGCGAGGAGAGGUCCCGAGGCAAUGAGGGCGCCUCUGAGGAGAAGGGACGUGGUUCUACGAAGGGGCGGGGUUCGAGCCACGUUUUGUGCUGCCCCGCGAUGUACCCUGAUGGCCUUGCGUGGCCGAAACUCCGAGUCCUGCCGGCGCUGUGGGCACUACUGGCGGUGCUAUUGGUACCGUGGAGGCUGUGGGCGAUCGAGGAUAUCGAGGAGUGCACCUGGCAGGUUGUCCUGAACAAGUUUGAGACGGUAGGCAAGACCGGCAUGAGCGACCGCUUCUUCAAUCAAGAGCCCCUGGAGACAGUGGACAAUGUGUUCAGACCGCUGGUGGAUGCACCCACCGACCAGGAUGAGAAAUACCUGAGCUUCCCAUACUACCUGAAGAUCAACUACUCCUGCAAUGGAGAGUUCUCCGAGGCCCAGGUCCGCAAGGGCCACCUGACGGGGCUGAAGCCCGUGGUGCUGGUGACCUUCCAGUCCCCAGUCAACUUCCGUCGCUGGAAGAUAGAGCAGCUGCAGAUCCAGAUGGAGGCAGCCCCCUUCCGCAGCAAAGAUGAGUGCAUCGCAGAGGAGGUGUGUGUCAUGAGCUGGUACACGCCCAUGCCCAUCAAGAACGGCAGCGUGGUCAUGCGUGUGGAUGUCAGCAGCAAUGGUCUGGGGCCCUUCAUUCACGAUAAAAGGUUUCAGGUAAACAUCAACGGCUUCUUGCAGAGACAGCAGGACGAGACACUGCAGUUCACCGUGGGAAAUGAGAUCUUCAAUCUGAUACCCCGGUACUUCGUGAAUGUGCCAUCGAGGCCCCUGUGGCACACUGUGGACCAGGCACCUGUGCUCAUCCUGGGCGGCAUUUCCGAUGAGAAGUUCAUCCUGCUUACUGACACCAGCUUCAGGGACUUCUUUCUCGUGGAGUUGAACAUUGACAGUUGCUGGGUCGGCUCCUUCUACUGCCCUCAGGCCAGUUUUACUGCCACCAUCUAUGAUGCCAUUGCUAUGGAGAGCACUCUCUUCAUUCGGCAGAACCAGCUUGUCUACUAUUUUACAGGCACCUAUAUUACCCUCCACGAGAGCAACCACGGCAGUGGGAGCUGGGUUCGUGUCCUGGCCAACGAGUGCAUCAAGAGGCUGUGCCCUGUACAUUUUCAUAGCAAUGGCUCAGAGUACAUCAUGGCCCUCACCACUGGCAAGCGGGAAGGCUAUGUUCACUUUGGGACCAUCACAGAUGGCCAUGUGUCCUUCCAGUUGCUGCCCAAGCAGCGGUCUGUGUGCGAAGGGAUAGAAGUUGUUAGCUGCUCCAUAACCUGGGCCGUAUUCAUUGCUGAUGACUACAAUCUACUGAUGCUGGUGGAGAUCGAAGCCUCCACCACCAGGAACUAUUUCCAGGUGGUCAGCUACGACCUGGUCCGUGAUAACCUGGUCAUCCUCUACACCAUCCCGGAAUUCAUCCCUGAUGCUCGUGGCCUGGAGUUUCUGAUGAUCCUAGGAACAGAGUCUUAUACCAACUUCCCAAUGGUACCCAAGGGCAUGUUCUACAACCCGUAUAAAAACCUGCUGCUCAUCUGGGGCAACUUCCUCCUGCAGAGCUACAACUAUGAAAAUUUCAUCUACCUGGCGGAUUUCCCCAAGGAGGAGUCCAUUAAGUACCUGGUCAACUCAUUCCAUGGGGACAUGGCUAUUGUCACAGAGACUGAAGAGAUCUGGUACCUCCUGGAGGACAGCUACCGGAUGUACAAGCUCUUCCCAUCCAAAGGCUGGGGGAUGUACAUCAACCUACAGAUGAUGCACCAGUCCUCUCUGUACACCUCCAAUGAAACCAUGGUCACCCUCUUCUACGAAGACAGCAAACUAUACCAGCUGGUGUACCUUAUGAACAACCAGAAGGGCCGGCUUGUCAAGAGGCUUAUGCCGGUGGAGGAGCUCCUGAUGUACCACCAGCUCAGCGAUCACUACCUCUUGCAUCAGCAGGGGAACCAACUGACGCUCCCGUUCACCAACUUCUGCCCCUUCACGGUGAUACGCCUGCGGGACCUGCCCAACCCGCAGGUCUACACCCGCCAGGAGCGCUACCAGGCGCGCCCGCCGCGCGUGCUGGAGCCCUCGGGCUUCCACGACGAGAACUCGCUCGCCGUCUACCAGGGCCUCAUCUACCAUCUGCUUUGUCUGCACUCCAAGUACCUCAAGCCUUACGCGGACCCGGUGCACGACUCCACCUGGCGCUGGUGGAAGAACAAGAAACUGAACCAGGAUUACUACUUCUAUCUGGCCAGCAACUUGCAGAGCGCGAGCAACGUGUACAUUGACAUGGCCAGCUACGAGAAGAUCUACGACCUCAAGGCCAAGCACGAGCUGCCCGAGCGCAUCUUCCUGGACAAGGGCACCAGCUACAGCUUCUCCGUCUUCUUGACCGUCCGGGGCCACUCGAUCAACUUACAGGAGCGCGUGCUCGCCGCUGUAGACCUGGGCAGCAAAGUGGAUCUGGGAGUGGUGCUGGCGGACCCGGGCUGCCUGGAGGCGGUGGUGAAGGAGGAGGUGCUCACUAAUCGCAACUCGGUGCUUUUCUGGGUUACGCUCAGUGAUAAAAGGUCUUGCUUUGACCAGGGCAUUAGUGGACAUCACCUCCUGAAGACCUCCAUGUUGGUGAAGGUGGUAGGCACGGUGGGCCGCUGCUUCCAGAACACACACCAGGGACCCCGCAUGCAAGGCAACUUUAUGGUGCCAGUGCUCAUCGGCUGCCCCCCAGGCAAGCGCCUGGCAUUUGACAUCACCUACACGCUAGAGUACAACCGCCUGCAGAACAAGCACUACUUCGACUGCGUGAAUGUUGACCCCGAGAUGCCCUGCUUCCUCUUCCGUGACAUCUUCUACCCUUUCUUCUUGAUCCAAGAUCUGGUGACAGGAGAUUCAGGCAGUUUUCAGGGCAGCUACGUGCUCAAGGUGAUAGGCGGCGGGCCCACGAUGGACACCAUCAGGGAAUACAGCGAGGAGGAGAUUUACCGCUUCAACAGCCCAUUGGACAAGACUCAGAGCCUCAUCUGGACCACCAAGAACACAACGACCACCAAGGACCCAGCCUUCAACAUCAUGACCCACCAGAGUUUGGGCAUCGAGUGGCUGUGUCUGAGGAACUCCCCAUGCCAUGACACCAUUCCCCAUACCAUCUUUGCCCCCGAAUUCUUCUUCAAGGUGUUGGUGAGCAACAGAGGUGUGGACAAGAGUACAUACUGUGACUACCAGCUCACCUUCCUGCUGCAUAUCCAUGGGCUCCCACUCAGUGCCAAGCGGGCACUCUUGAUCCUCAUGGUGUCAUCCAGCGUGUUUAUUGGCCUGGUGAUCCUCUAUAUCGUCUUCUGCCUCCUGCUGCCUGUUGUGGUGAAGGCCUGCAACACGCUCCGCUGGAAGAUAAACAACAUCAUCACAUCGGAGUCCUACUACACCUACACUUCCCCUUCUAGAAUCUUUAGUGGGACAUCUGAGACCAAAUCCAAGGUCAGCUCCAGCGUCAGCUCCAGCGUCAGUUCCAAAGUGGUGGAGGAGAAAGAGGAGGCCCCUGUGGAAACCUCGAAGAAGCAUUCUAUUACCUGAGCCUCUUGCCUGCCCACCCCCAACCAGUGCUCUCCCCUUACUUCCUGCACCAUCUUGGAAAUGCAACUAUCCUCCGUCCCAGGCUUUUUUUUUUUUUUUUUUUUUUCAUCAAUUUUCACUUCUCCUUUACACUUAAAUCCUCAUUUCAGGACCAGCUAUGGGCCCCUGUAAGGGCUCAUGUUCAGUUAGUUUGUACCACACAGCCAUAUGGGUCAUUAAAAUCAAAAUCCUUCUGUGCCAGUUGGUAAAUAGCAGCUUCUCUGUGUACCUGCCAACUCUGCCCCACCCUGGGCUGCCCCAACCUCCCUACAGCCCAGUAAGGACUUCUAUGACCCAGGCCUGCUGCUGUGGCCUACAGUACAUUCUGAUUGUUCAGUGCCCAGGUUUAGUACCAGUCAUUAAAUAUUUUGAAUUUCCAUACCUAUCUAGUGUCUAGCUUAAGACAGUAGAAGAAGGAACUCUGGAGAGAAGGCCUUUUUUUAGUUGCAAGUAGCAAAAAUUUCAUUCAAAUGGCCUGCAUAGAAGUGGUAAUUUAUGGGCUUUAUUUUUUUUAUGGGCUUUAAUAUAGGCUUCAGGCAUAGUUUGAUCCAGAAGUCCUCAAUGUCUACAGGAUGUUGGCUCCAUUUCACUGUAGCUUUCCUUGACCUGCCUUCCUCUGAGUGUGGUCUCUAACGUCAGGCCAGCCCCCUUCACAGCCUGAGGCUGCUUGUCCACAUAUCUUAUUGUCCAUAGAAGGGGCUGGAGUCCAACAUUCCCAGGCAAGUCCUGUCAGUCACUUUGAUUGGAUGGGGGUGGAUCCUGAGCUCACCCCUUCACUACUCACACUGCCAGAGUUAAACCAAUUGAGUUCACCCCUAGAGCUGAGGGCAGUCCUACCCAAAUCUCUUGAUUAUGUGUGAGGAAGGACAGUCCUUGUAAGGAAAAUGUGCUGUCAAGAAGGGGGAAGGCUGAAAGGCAAUAAAAACCAGCCCCCCCAAACACACCUUGUACACUACCCACUGUCCACCUAAUAAGCUUAGCACCAGUCCUCCGCCAGAGAUCUUGGGUGCAAUGACUAUGGAGGUUCUCUAACCACUCUCCUCUAUAUACUCCCCUACUCUGGGAGUAGAGACCCAGGGGACACAAACUGAGGGGACAUCAGGGCAGACAGCUGGACCAGCUUGUCCAUAACGACAUAGCUCCAGAGCAGGCAAGGGUGCUGAGGUCAUGUUUUGAUGCUUGGAUAUUACCAGAAGAGUACUCAGAGCUGAGAGGCCAAAGGACAUGGCUCAAUGUAGAAAGAUGCUCCUGUAGAGGACAGCUCAGGCCUGGAGCCAGAGACCCCAGGGAGGCAGUAGGCCAGAGACCUAGACAGAAGAGGAUGGGGCUAAGACUAAAAAGCCUGGUGUAGGAAGGGGAGGAGGCAGCAGAUGGGAGAGAUGCUCAGGAGGCUUAGUGAACAGGCCAUGGGGCUGGAGGACCAUGAAGGGAGUGGGAGCAAAGGAGGCAUUUAAGGAAAGAUCCAAGGCUGGAGUGCCUGGGUGGCUCAGUUGGUUGAGCAUCUGACUCUUGAUCUCGGCUUAGGUCUUGAUCUCAUGGUCAUGAGUUUGAGCCCUACACUGGGCUCUGCACUGGGCAUGAAGCCUACUUAGAAAGAGAGAAGAAAGAGAAGAGAAGAAAGGGAAGAGAAGAAAAGAAAGAAAAAGAAAGAAAGAAAGAAAGAAAGAAAGAAAGAAAGAAAGAAAGAAAGAAAGAAAGAAAGAAAGAAGAAAAAAGAAAAAGAAAAAAAGAAAGAAAAAGAAAAAGAAAGUCAGUCCAGGCUCUGCCCUGCAGACUGAGGGACAAAGAGGCUGUCCCUGAAGACCAGGGAGAAGGCGAGAGUUUGGGGGACUGACUGAGGCCUUUGGCGUCAUGGCAAGUGUGGGAGGUCUGAGAGACUUCUGGAGGAGGCCAUCCAAGAGGCUUCAGGAAUGUCCCAUCUGGGAUUCAGGAGGGAGGUGAGGGAUGGUCAAGCAAUAUGGCACAACAGUCAGCAUCGAAAGACCCAUCGACAAAAUUAAUUGCAAAUAAGGAAAAUGUGAUAAUA